GGCCUCUGCCAAGGCCUGGGCCCAGGCUGGAAGGUCAACCACGGCCCCGAGACUCUGCUUCUUGGCACAUUGUGAGGGAGAGCCCGGCAUCAUUGUGACCCGCUUACCCCCAGGAGCCCCUGGGGCAGGCAGGCAGGCGGCUGGUGGAUGCUGUGGGCACAGUGGGCUGGGGGCCUAGGGGCCCCGGUGGCCCUAGGGACCCCCAUGGCCAUGGCUGAGCGGCCACGGCCCGGGUGGGCCUCGUAUCACAGCUCCAACACCAACAGUUGUCAGGACCUGGGCAACUCCAUCCUGUUGCUCCUGGGCCUCAUCAUCUGCAUUAAUAUUAGCAUCAAUAUGGUGACGCUGCUCUGGCGCCGGCUCCGUGGCUUCUUACACCAAGUGUUCCAUAUUGUUUAUGAGAAAGAAGCUUCUAAGUCAUCCUCACCGGGGAAGCAGCCCCAGCCUCCGAAGCAGAGCGCCCCUGCAGUCCACCUCCGAUGCACCAUGGACCCUGUGAAAAUGACUGUGACCCCCCCACCCACUCGCCACCACCGCCACCGGGGCUCUUCCGGCCGCCGUGCCCACCGCCCGGUAGCCUGGGCCCCUGACACGGACGACGACGAGAAGCCCCUGCACCAGCACCCGGCCGUGUGCUCCCACCACUGGGAUCAGCCGGCAGACUGGCAGGGCUUCCAGUCCAGCCAGGGGUUCUGGGCUCCCUGGCCCCAGGAUGCCGUGGAGCCCCCUCCCCAGACCAUUCGCUUCCAGCAGACCAUAGAAGGAAGGCCCCUCAAAGGAGAGAUGCGGUCAGAGCUGGGCCUCGAGGCCUACGUGUACCCGGUGAACCCCCCGCCCCCGAGCCCACAGGCCCUGAGCCAUAAGAACAGUGGGGCGGGGGCCCAGGCCGAGCUGGAGGCGUGCGUCCCCGCCCCGCCGGCCCCGCCGCCCGUCCAGGGCCCGGCCAUUGUCCCUGACAUCCCCCGGCGCCGCUCCUCGGGCCGCGUGGUCUACGACGCCCGAGACGUGCGGCGGCGGCUCCGGGAGCUGACCCGCGAGGUGGAGGCCCUGUCCCACUGUUACCCCCUGGGCUCCCUAUCUAGCAACGUGGCCGAGGGCACGGGCAAGGACUGGGUGUACCGUUCUGUGGCAGAGAGGUGACUGGGACAAAAAUAAAAGGAAGAGAGGAGGUGGUCUGCGGUGGUGUAGGGGGGAGUCAGGGCCCUCAGCGAAGGGUCUCCCUGGCAACAGGGACCUCGAGAGCCCCAAGGACCCUCUUCAACCCCUUGGCUUCCCUGGGGCCCUGCCCUCAGUUCUCUCCCAGCCCCUCUGGGUCCCAACAUUCCCACCUGCCGCUCCCCUGUUUCCUUUCGUGCCCAGAGCAGCGUCCCCAGAUCCCGGCCCAGAUCCUCAGGCAGGCCUACGCUAGAGGGGAGACCCCACCCCCGUGGCCCUAGCCCCUCGGCGGCCUGGUUUCUGCCGGAGCCCAGGGCUGGCGCGCUUCCCCGGCCUCCCCCCCAAAGCCCUGGUUUCUUUGAGCAGGGCUGGCUGAGAGGGAGGGUGUCCAGGCCCUCACGAUUCCCCAGUCAGGACCCAAAGCUCCUGUGCCCACGAGCAGGCUCGGAGCGGAGGACCAAACACUGGGGACAUGCUCGAGGGCUGCCCCCUCUGGGACCUCACUGCUCUGAUUAGCACCUGCCUGUCACCAGCGAGGAGACCGAGGCUCAGGGAGGGGAAGUGACUAAUUCACGGUCACACAGACACCAGGGAUCAAGUCCCCGCGCAGCUUCAGAAGCUCCGGGCUCUGCUCCCGCAGGGAGACUGCAUUCCGGAGUCAGCCUGGCCCCUCAGACUCCCCCUGCCUCAGUCUGCCAUGUGAAGUCAUCCGAGCGUGCCAUCCACACACAGCGGGAAAAUCAGGCCCUACCUCCUCCUAGGCAGCGGGCCUCGCGCCCGCACACCCGCCCACGUGGGCGCAUGGACACACGCACGCGGCCGCUCGAGGGCUCGGGAGCCAGAAGCCCCGGGGGGGCGCCCAGGCCGAAGGAACUGGACCCCACCCUCUGUAGCAGAUGCGUUCCUGGAACGUGGCCAGGCAGGCAGGCCUUCUGUGAAUCAGCCUGCUGCUUCCUUCGCCUUCAUUCCGCCCCCACUGUUGAUCUUUUUAAGUUGAUUCCGUUCAGCGAGUACGUAUCGAGCACCUACUAUGUGUUUGGAGGCUCGGAGGGCAACACCUACUGGCUGUUGCUUUAUUUCUGUCGAGUUGUUCACCCGCCAUCCCGACAAAUGACUCGAGGCCCCCAGGGCACCACUUCCACGGACCCCAGUGAUGAACCUGCUUCAGAACGAAGGCUCCUUUUGUCCUAUUCACAAUUACAUCUAUUUUGUGCUUUGUGCGUUUCAUGGGGUUUUCUUAAGGGGGGAGCUAACCGGUUUCCAGCUU